GCCAAAGAAAAAGGGAGAGAUGUAGUAAUGGGUUGUAAAGGAAAAGGGAAUGAUUAUAAGACGCAUUGUGAUAAAGGAAUAGGGGCCUACUCUUCUGGGUUUGUGGGUGGAGCGCAUUUUGAUGAGGAUAGGCCUCUAAAGGUUGGGUCGUUCCUUGCAAAAGAUCCAUCAUCAUUUUGCAAGAAAAAGAGGCCUGUCCAAGUCAAAACUACUGCUAAACAAAACAGGCCUCUUCUAGGGCUUGUUUGA